UUUCUUAGGCGAUAGUGAAAAAACAGCUCAAGGUUAACACUAUUAAUCAACGCAGUGCAAUUUUUUUCAACUGAGCGGUCCUUUUGUCUUUAAACAAAUUGAAGUUAUGAUUGAGUAUAAAAUAGUAGUUCUAGGGACUGGUGGCGUGGGUAAGUCAGCUCUUACUGUGCAGUUUGUUCAAAACAUUUUUGUGGAGAAAUAUGAUCCCACUAUUGAAGACAGUUACAGAAAGCAAGUUGAAGUGGACGGGCAACAGUGCAUGUUGGAAAUAUUAGACACAGCCGGUACUGAGCAGUUUACAGCCAUGCGAGAUUUGUAUAUGAAAAAUGGGCAAGGCUUUCUUCUAGUAUACUCUAUUACUCGAAUGUCAACUUUUAAAGAUCUGGCCGACUUAAGAGAGCAGAUUUUAAGAGUAAAAGACACAGAUAAAGUCCCCAUGGUCAUAUGUGGUAAUAAAUGCGAUUUAGAGGAUGACCGAGUUGUUUCCAAGAGCACAGGAACUUCACAGGCUGCCCAGUGGGGCUGUCAGUUCAUGGAGGCCUCUGCGAAGUUAAGGCUGAAUGUUCCCGAACUAUUUUACUCACUUAUUCACCAAAUUAAUGCUCAAACCUCUACGAAGCAUGAUAAAAAGAAGUCUAGCGGUUGCGUUCUCUUGUAGUGUUUUGCCCACUUAUGGCUUUGAAAGGUUUUUAUUUUUUAGCUACAAUAAAA